UCCGCGGGCUAGCUUCACUGCAGAGCGGGGUUGGGGUAGUAGCUCUGCUUCUUGUCCUCCACGUCGCCCCCUACAGCCCUGGCUCUUGUGGAGUCGGCCCGGCUACGACUCUGCAUGUCUCUUUCUGCCUCCCUUGCUGUUAACCCCCUCGCUGCCUACGCCGCUUUCACUCGUGCACGAUUUCACUCACUACCGAACAUGCGCCCAUGUGGCUGCCCCGCUUACCAUCUCCG